AUGCGAAGGGAUGAUGUUUCGGAUAAAGCAAAACUACUUUCUUUCUUUUUCUUCUUUCCUUCCUUUUGCCUUUCUUCCUUCUUUCUUUCUUUUUCUUUCUUUAAUCAUUCCCUCUCUUUUUCUUUCUUUCUUUCUUUCUUUCUUUCUUUCUUUCUUUCUUUCUUCCUUCUCCUUUUCUUUCUUUCUUUCUUUUUUCUUUCUUUCUCACUUCUUUCUUUCCUCCAUUUUUCUUUCUUUCUUUCUUACUUUCAUUCUUUUUCUUCUUUUCUUCCUUUUGCCUUCUUUCUUUCUUUCUUUCUUUCUUUCUUUCUUUCUUACUUUCUUUCUUUCUUUCUCCUUUUCUUUCUUUUUUCUUUCUUUCUUUCUUUCUUUCUUUCUUUCUUUUUUCCUUCCUUCCCUCUACUUUUCUUUCUUUCUUUCUUUCUUUUCCUUCUUUCUCUUUCUUUCUUUCUUUCUUUCUUUUUUCUUCCUUUUUUUCUCACUUUCUACCUUUUUUCUUUCAUUUUCUUCGUUCUUCUAACCCUAUUCCGUCCUUUUCUUUCUUUCUUUCUUUUUUUCCUUCCUUCCUCCAUUCUUUUUUCCCAUCUUUUUCUUUCUUUUUUUUCUUCCUACCUUCCUCUCCCCCUUCCAACCUUUUUUUCCAUUUCUUUCUUUUUUCUUUUCCUUCUUUCGUUCUUUCUUCCGUCUCUUCCUUUACUUUUCUUUCUUUUUCUUUCUUUCUUUUUCUUUGUUCCUUCCAUUUUCUUUCAGUCUUUUUUUCUUUCAGUCUCUACAUAUUUUAAUUUUCCUUUUCUUUCUUUUUUCUUUUCCUUCUUUCGUUAUUUCUUUCUUUUUCUUUCUUCCGUCUUUUCUUUUACUUUUCUUCCUUUCUUUUUCUUCGUUCCUUCCAUUUUCUUUCAUUCUUUUUUUUUCUUUCACUCUCUGCAUAUUUUAAUUUUCUUCCUCCUCUUCUCCCUCUCAUAUUUUCCCCUUUAUUUUCUGUUGAUCAUUUUUCUUUUCUCUUUGUUUUUUUUCUUCUUCUUUUUGUUUCCCCCAUCCUUUUUUUCUUAG